CCUGUUUCUGCUGCACCAGUGAAGGCCGUCAAUUGCAGCGCUCAUGGAUGCCAACAAGGAUGCGUCAAAGAAAAUGAUGGGAAGGUGAAUUGCCAAUGUAAAAAUGGUUACAAGCUUAAAGAAGACCAGAAGUCGUGCGAAGAUAUCGACGAGUGCGCAGAGGGCACAGCAACUUGUGAUCCUGGAAGUAUGUGCCAAAACGAGCCUGGAAUUACAUGUGUAUAAAGCGAGUGGACAUUAAAGAAACACCAUGUCCACAAGCUGGUUACGUACGGAACGCAAAGGGGGUGUGCGUUGAUGUAGAUGAAUGUGCUUCUGGCACGGCGAAGUGUGGUGACAAUCAAUAUUGCAUCAAUACUGAUGGUUACUAUGCAUGCUUUAGAAGUUGCCCAUACGGAUACAAGGCUGUUGGAAAGACAUGCCUAGAUAUUGACGAGUGUGCGAUAUCGAACCCUUGUCAAAAGAACUACAAAUGUGUAAACAUGAAAGGGUACUAUCGAUGCCAGCUGAUAUCGUGCGAUUCUGGCUUUGAAUUGAAAGGUGACAGAUGUGUUGAUAUUGAUGAAUGUUCAAGGGGACUGCACAACUGCGGAGCCAAGUACACUUGCAAAAACAACAACGGGGGAUUUAGAUGUCAAUUAUCUGCUUGCAUCAGAGGGUUCAGACUGUCUAAUGGGCAGUGCCUUGACAUCAAUGAAUGUGUGGAAACGCCAAGCAUUUGUGGUAGAGGUACUUGCUACAAUACCUAUGGAGCAUUUUCAUGCAACUGCUUUGCCGGCUUCCAGUUUAAAUCAGAGACUUCCAAAUGUGAAGAUAUUGAUGAAUGCAAGAGAAGUCCAGGCAUUUGCGAAGCAGGCUGCAUGAACACGGUUGGCUCUUACAAAUGCAGUUGUCCUGCUGGUUAUCGGUCAUUUGGAAAUAAUUGUGAAGAUAUCGAUGAAUGUGCAGUGUCUAAAAACAGAUGUCCAGCCAAUCACGUAUGCGUCAAUGAAUUUGGCAGCUUCACUUGCAUCAACGCCACUUGCCCAAAUCAAUACUACAUACAGAGAAGUCCUUAUGAAUGUCGACUGUAUUGUCCUGGAAACCACGGUGCCUGCUCUGACUUGGUGAUCAGAUCAAUAAAAUGGAGGACACAGAAGUUCAGAAAAGCAGUUGACCCAAGAGGCUUCACGUUUCAGUAUUCACUUCGUGUUUCUACUUAUCUUAAAGUUCAGAUUAAUUUUUCUCUGGUAUCAGGAAAUGAAAACGGAGAAUUCUUUCUUCAAAGACUGAACGAGAAUACAGUCGAUCUUAUCAACAUUAAGAAGCUUGUUGGCCCGAAAAAGUACACAUUGAGACUUGACACAGAUGUUAUGUUCAAAGGAAAAGUCUCAAGCAAAUUCGUGUACUUCAUUUACUUGUCUCUUUCCAAGUACAAUUUUUAAAACUUUACAACUACGUUCUCUGUCCGACUCUCCAAUCAUUGCAGUAAUGUGUGAUUAGAGAGCAUUAUGGCUUGUAACCUAUGCCAGAUUUAAUCGUCUCUGUACGUUUUGAUUCUUUGCAAAGCAAUGAGUGUAGUACAAAUGA